GGGGGGGAGAAGAGGGAGAGCGGGGGACCAGGCAACCCACGGGACUCAUGGACCGGAAGGAUAUUUAAUCAUUUGCUCUGGGAACGGACAGACACCGCAGUCCAUGCCUCUUCCUUGUCAGGUCAUUGAUGGGAAAUCAACUGGAUCGGAUCACCCACCUGAACUACAGCGAGCUGCCCACGGGGGAUCCGUCCGGGCUGGAAAAGGACGAGCUUCGGGUCGGCGUUGCCUACUUCUUCUCUGACGAAGAGGAGGAGGUGGACGACCGCACUCCGUCCGACUGCGGCUUCACCACGGACCACAGCCCGGCUGAGGAGGGACCCUUCGUGGUCAGUGAGGUGGAAUAUUCCGCCUUCUGCUCCCAGGAAUGUAUCUUCUCCAAGCUCCGGGAGAACGAGGACCUGAAUGUGUACUCGGCCAAAACUUUGAUGACUAUGUGCAAACCGGGGGACCUGCUGGAGCUGGUGGGCACAGCGCAAGCCCCCCAUUGGGUUAUCUACGAGCAGGACGACCAAGUGAUUCAUCUGCACAAGGGGGAGAUCCGCAAGGACAGCCUGCUCGAAAUCAGUAACGGCCGCCACGGGAGGAUAGUUAACAACCGGUACCGGUACCGACCGCUUCCCGCUGACCUGGUGAUGCAGAACGCAGCGGGACACCUGGGCCUGAGCAGCAGGGAGAUAUGCUGGACCAACUCGGAAAGUUUCGCAGCCUGGUGCCGCUUUGGGAAACGAGAGUUCAAAGCCGGAGGAGAGGCGCACUCAGCAGAGCAGCAGUAUUUCCUCAAAGUGCAUCUGUCCGGCAGCGGGGUGCACACUCUGGUCUUUCGCAGCCUAGAGGACAUGAUCCGGGAGAGAAGGCGAGUGGACGCCAGUGGAAUUCUCAAAGAGCUGUCUUUGGUUAACGGGGGUAAGGAGUGAUUUGGGAUUCCGUUUGAUAACCUCUACUCCACCCCGCCUCUCCCCCGUACCUUCUCUCUUUGAAGCGCACAGAUGCACACUUGCACACUCAGACACACGCACGCACGCACACGCGCGCGCGCGCAGACACAUAUACAAGGACCUGUUGGCUUUUGGACGCUGCCUGCAUGUCACAGAUGGACCCUGGGCUGCGUUUGGACCGCAGGCGCUCUACUGGAAUUUCCAUCAAAUUGCCGAGUGGUGAAAACUGAGAGAGCGACCACACAAACAGACAACGCCCUUUCAUCAGAUCAGAAUUCGUGCGGGUGGGACACGCGAUUUCUACUGAGAACAUUGCCCCAAGCAGCGAAAUCACCUUGUACCUUUAAUGACCCCACAUAGCGCACACGGCUCGGGUUUUUUUUUUUUUUUUUUUUUUUUUUUUUUGGUUUCUCGGGAUAAUGGAAUUGGGCCCUUCUCUGCAUAAGGGCGCCCACUGCAGCAGACCAGACGGUGAGACGGAGAGGUGGGGAGAGAUAUGAGAGAUGGCAUCUGGGAUAGCACUCGAAAUGUCUCCCUUCUAUUUUUUUACUGUUAGCUUUAACAUUAUUUAAAGACUGGGACUGAUCAUAUCACAGACCCAAACGUUAAGCCACUAGUUCAUGUAGGCCUAUAGACAGUCCCGGUUGACUAUACGCAGUUGCCUAAACAAAGCAUUUGGCUUGUUCAAGCUCCCCUUUUGCCAUAUCGAUAAAAUUGUCAUCUCCAAAAGCUGUCAUCCUGCUCCACAGCACUGGAUGUGUGUGUAAAUUGUAUUCAUAUAUUGAUUUCGAUUUGAAUCUCAUAUUUUUGUAUUUCAGUUAAGUGAAUUUUACCCUGAUCUCUUUUUUGGUUGAAAUAAACGGCGGUUGAAAUUUGAAAAUGA